UGCUGUGUUUCCAGGUUCCUGCAAGAGAAUCUAACAAAGUCUUAGGAAGGACUUUGCUUGGGUACUGCCAUGAAGCAGACAUACCCCUCUACUACAGUCCCUGGUUCCUUGGCUUCCCUUCCUCUCCAUUUUCUCAGCCCAACUUCCUGCAGUAAAUUGUGCAUGAUAUACUCCAAGGACCUGUAAGAGGGAAUGUGUAUUGAAUUACUUAUCCAUGUGCCUCCCACUAUACAGGCAUACAUGUCCCUUUUAAUCCCCACACCUUUUUGACAUAAUAUUAAAAAUCCAUUUUACAGUAAAGAAGACUGAGUCUUCAAGGGCUCAUUGCAGGUCAUGUGCUUACUUAGGAGCUCAGCUAGGAAUAGGAAUGGGUCUAUGUAUUCUGCCCUUCCAUACAUUAUGUCUCAGGAGCACUGUUCUCUUUAGCCCAGGCUGGCCCUAGUCUCUCAAGGUGAUGAGCCACCCUGUGCUACCCUCAGUCACUCCCACUACGGAUCAGGGUACAGAUUUUCACUUGUGUGUCAGUGAAUGAUGCCAUCUGAAGUACUGCCUCUGCUGAUAAGCGUGGGACCAUCUGCUUGGCACAGCUCAAAUAUUCUCCGCAGUGGGAGAGCAGCUCUGACUUCAGAGACUAGUCUGCAGCCAUCCUUGGCGAUGCUGGGACAGGGGACCUGGCGGGCUGGCUGGGCAUGGAUGCCACAGGAUGCAAAGGAGCUGUCUCCCUGUUGUCACCUCUGACCCUUCCUGAGCGAAGGACACCAGUGAGUCUGCGCUCCAGUGUGGAGUUGUUCAGAUGCUCUUGACAAACACAGAGAUGCUUCCAUGAGGAACAGCGAGACGGGAAUGACACUCUGUGAUGCUGCCCAUGUAGCUGACUAAUGACGCCACCACCUGCUCCCGUCCUCUCGAACUCUGUUCCCAGCUGAGGUUCCCACCACUGCGUUCUCCACCAAGACCGGAUAGGAUGAGCUGUCCUUCUGCUUGGACUGUCCCUUGUGCCAGGAAAUUACCUGAAGCGGCUCAGCCCGAAGCCUCCUCAUGGACCAGUCAAAUAUGACCUCCCUGGCUGAGGAGAAAGCCAUGAAUACCUCCAGCAGGAAUGCCUCCCUGGGGAGCUCGCACCCGCCCAUUCCCAUAGUUCACUGGGUCAUUAUGAGCAUCUCCCCUCUGGGCUUUGUGGAGAAUGGGAUUCUCCUCUGGUUCCUCUGCUUCCGGAUGAGGAGAAAUCCCUUCACAGUCUACAUCACCCACUUGUCCAUUGCCGACAUCUCCCUCCUGUUUUGUAUUUUCAUUCUGUCCAUCGACUACGCUUUGGACUAUGAACUCUCUUCCGGCCAUUACUACACAAUUGUUACGUUAUCGGUGACUUUUCUCUUUGGCUACAACACGGGCCUCUAUCUGCUGACGGCCAUCAGUGUGGAGAGGUGCCUGUCGGUCCUCUACCCAAUUUGGUACAGAUGCCACCGCCCCAAGCACCAGUCGGCGUUCGUCUGUGCCCUCCUGUGGGCGCUUUCGUGCUUGGUGACCACCAUGGAGUACGUCAUGUGCAUUGACAGCGGCGGGGACAGUCACUCUCGCAGUGACUGCCGGGCAGUCAUCAUCUUUAUAGCCGUCCUCAGCUUCCUGGUCUUCACCCCGCUCAUGCUAGUGUCCAGCACCAUCUUGGUGGUGAAGAUACGGAAGAACGCGUGGGCCUCCCACUCUUCAAAGCUGUACAUCGUCAUCAUGGUCACCAUCAUCAUCUUCCUCAUCUUCGCCAUGCCCAUGCGGGUCCUCUACCUGCUGUACUAUGAGUACUGGUCAGCCUUCGGGAACCUGCAUAACGUCUCCUUGCUCUUCUCCACCAUCAACAGCAGCGCCAACCCUUUCAUCUACUUUUUUGUGGGCAGCAGCAAGAAGAAGCGCUUCAGGGAGUCCUUAAAAGUGGUCCUGACCAGGGCUUUCAAAGAUGAGAUGCAGCCCAGGCGCCAGGAGGCCAACGGUAACACCAUCUCCAUCGAGACCGUGGUCUGAGGACCACAGCGAGGAAUUGGGGACAGAAACAGUGGAAUGUGGGUAGCUUUCAAUUUGUGCUUGGAAUGCAAUCGAAGCACAUUUAAAUCUCCAAAAUAUGAUGCAGAAAGGAAGCAUUCCACAUGCAUGGGAGUCUAAUUAAUGAUGAGCUUGCAUUCUUAGCUAAUGUCUUCUGGAAAUGUCUCUGUAUGUGACGGGGCUCUUUCUGUCUUUUCCAACCUUAUCAGAGACUCAUCCUUCUCCUAUCUCUUUGGUAGUGAUCAACAGUUAACUAUAAAAACUGCUCUAGCGGGCUGGAGAGAUGGUUCAGAGGUUAAGAGCAUUGGCAGCUCUUCCGGAGGUCCUGAGUUCAAUUCCCAGCAACUACAUGGUGGUUCACAGCCAUCUCUAAUGGGAUCUGAUGCCUUCUUCUGGUGUGCAGGUGUACAUGCAGCUAGAACAUUAUAUACAUAAAAUAAAUAAAUCUAAGCCGGGCGGUGGUGGCGCACGCCUUUAAUCUCAGCACUUGGGAGGCAGAGGCAGGUGGAUCUCAGUGAGUUCGAGGACAGCCUGGUCUACAAAGUGAGAUCCAGGACAGCCAGGACUGUUACACAGAGAAACUCUGCUUUGAAAAUAAAUAAAUAAAUAAUCUUAAAAACAACAACAACAAAACUGCUCUAGCAGGAAAUAUCCCAAAUGGGACCUGGAGAACCUAGGGAAGCCAAGCAGUGACGGCUGUUUGCUCCUAUGUGACCUCAGACGAGCCGCUUUGGGGAGCCUCAUUUCCUCCCUCAGCAGAAGUGGUAACACUCUGUACUGUGCCGGUUAUUGUUGAGUAUGGCUAGGUGGGCAAAGCCCCGGCUUGUUGUCAAAGUUCAAUAAACGCCCGUCUCUCUUCA